UCGCUAGCAUUGCCAUCCCGAGUUUACUCCAACAACAUCAGCCCAGGGGAAGCUACAGAGAAAAUUUCCAGUUUUGUUUCCAAAUCUCGAGAAAAAGAGGCGUCAUGGACGGCAAUGCGAUGAUGCUUUUCCUGUUGCUGGAUCUUCUGUGGCAAGUAAAGGCGCUCAACUGCUCGAGUGGCAGGAGGAGCAGCGAGGACUUCUUCAUCUGCGGCGCCAACGGGUGCUGUGUCGAGGGCUGUGUGGAGAACGACCUGGGCCAGUGCGUCGAGGAGGACUGCACCACCAGCCUGACUGGUUGGCUUCACCGGUCUGUGACAGUGUCCUGCUACUUCCACUGGGCAAUGAUCCUGUGCGCUGCCCUGACCACCGCCUUGAUGACGCUCCUGGUACUCUACGCGCUGGGGCUUCAGCUGCGGAAGUUCUUCCGCCAACGAUUCAACGCCCGGUACAGGCCCAUCAAAGACGUCAGUGGCGUCUCCAUCGGCUCCACCCUGUGCUAAGCACACAUGCGUGCCCCGGCCGAUGGAGCAGAGCAGAAGAGAGGAGGCGAGAGGCAGCAGAAACAGAGGAAAGGAGUGGCGAAAGGGAUUUGGCUUAAGCUACAAUACAUUAGCGGUAGCUUUGCUCUGGCUUCCAAUUCAAUUCUUUGGGUAUCCCGUGCGAAAGCCAUGUAAAUUACGAUUCGGCACCUCGCAAAUCCUAUUAGUAGUUAAACCUGAUUAGGAAAUACUUGCGGCUGGGAUUCCUGUGCUCCUCCUGGGCUGCUUUCAGCCGGGGUUCGUUAAAAACAAAUAAUAAUAAAUGGCUCACAUGUGAAA